CAAAAUAGUCGUGUGUAUUUGCUGUAGUGGGUCUACUUUUGAUGACGCAUAGAGCACUCGUGAAUACUUUCUUAAGGUCGCGAACCAGCCCACGCUCCAGCGCGUAAUCCCUGGAACAGCGUACGUUGCUGGCGUAGGCCUCGGCAGUUUUAGUAAUACCUGAUUUCGAUUAGUCAUGAACUAAAUGAUGUUAUCCCGGUAGUCAUUCCAUCGUCUAGUGUGCAAGUGACGCUGGUUAGAUCGACAACUUGUACUGUGUUGGAGGAAGAAAUGACAGUUUGAGGACAUGCCAAUGUACAGUGAACAUGUGCAGUAUGUGACCAGCCAUCCAAACUCAGAAGCAUUUACCACACAAACACUGUUUAGCUUCAUAACAAGCAGUGGAGACACUGCCAAACCGUUUUCACAGACGAGACCUGAUUCUCAUCCCAGCAAUCAAAAGUCAAACAAAACUGCUCACAAUUUUGUGAACCACCAUCCACCACCAACUGUUACUAGUAGAAAAGAAAAAGCCAAGGAAAUGAAGGUUGCCAUUAGAAAACUUCACAACAAAGAAGCAGCUAAAAAGUCUCACCUUGCCAAGAAAAAGAGAAAGGAGACUCUUUUGAAGAAGUCCAUGGAACUGUACGAGGAGAAACUUCAAUUGGAACAAGAUAUCCGUACUCUGAACAACUGCCUGCGUCUCUACCACCAGAUGUACUCUUGCAUGACACAUGUUUGCUGCCUUCCAGAUGAAGAUGCCUAAAAUGGGUGUCAAUAUGGGCAUGCUUUUGCUGUCUUCUAUCUCAUUUUAGUUUCAGUUUUUUCCUGUUUAGUUUUUGCUGGCUGCAAAAUGUGGCUUUGCAAAAAGUCUGAGAGUAGAUGGCACUUGAUGAAAAAUGAAAUUUUUGUUUUUCUUGAUGAGACCUAACUGUAAAAAUAAUGUUUCAAAGAGAUUUUCUGUUCUGAUUUCUUGGAACAAAUUUUGUUUAGAGUGAGGUUGGGGGUACUCAGUUAUUUUAAAAUUCUACUAAGCCAAAGAGAAUCGAUUUAGAUAACCUUGUGUUUAUAGAAAAAAAAAACUACAUGGAAUGCUUUGUCUGGAUUCAUGACAUUUCAUUUUUAGUAUCAAAACUGUAUACAUAAGUAGUUUCAGCUUGUUCAAAAAUACAGAUUGGUGAUAGGUCAGAGUCAUAUGAAAGCAGACAUUACCUGCAGUACUAAAGGUGCUUCAUAAUGCUGGCAAAUGCACUUUUUUAGACAGAGAUGUCAUUAAGUGUGUCAGCAAGUUGACAGUGCCUUGUAGUGCUGAUGUAGCGUCUUGCUGUUUAUAGCAGUAAGUUAUAUACUUUAUCAAAACAGCUAAUUUAUCAACCAAAGAAGUCAAGAUAUCUAGCUUGUCAAAGACUUGACGGCAGUCUCUCAGUAGCAAAACACAAGUUCAGAAUAACUGUAUAGUGAGAAAAAAACCUGUUCUUCUUGCAGAAUUAUAGGAAUGAGAUUACAGAGCAACAGCAUUUUAUUAUUUAAUCUUUUUUACCACAAAAUGUCCUAGGUGGAUUUUAUUUGGGAUCCCUUCCCCCAUUCACUCUAAAGAAAUGCCAAGAAAGAUGACCUGAUGGUGUUUUUGAGAUGUAUUUGAGUGACAUAUAUAAAGUGUUUUUUUUCACACUUGAAUUAAUUUCCUAUUGCAUGUGCAUUGCUUAUUUGAAAGAUUUUUAUUUGUAAUGAACUUGUCAAACUGGCUACUUCUUUCAAAGUAAAUCAUAAGAAUGUGAUUCUCUGUUUUUAUAGUCAAAGUUUGUCAGUUUCACCUGAUACUCCUUGCAGCAGUAAGAAAUAUUCUUGCUUAAAAUGUGAUUCUUCUGAGAAAAGCAUGAAGAAAUUCUUUAUGGUAAAUAUACUGUUAUGAAAAGAAGAGCAAGGGUUAAUGUUGAAAAAUUGCAAACCGGAAAAGUAUUGAGAGCAGAGAAACUUUCUGAGAAAGUAUCAUAGGGAAAUCCAGAUACAGGCAGUGCAUUUCUCAUUGCCAGACUGAGUGGUUAAAACAAGUAAAAUUUGUGAAAAGUAGUCAUAUAAUGCAGAAAGUUUUUUGUUUGUGUAGACACCAGUUCCUACAGAAACUUGGUAAAUCAGUUUGGCCUUCCUAAGAAAGCUGAUGCAUUCUAAUCCAUUCAGAUGAAAAAGCUUAUAUUGGGUUCCUGCUUUCAAUUCUUCCAUUUACUUGUGCAUUGGACAUACUGGUUGUAUCCUUAUCCCCGAGAGGGGCAUCGGGGUUCAACCUGUCCAUAAAUAUGCACGAUAAGCCAUUAUAUAUUGCCACAGAAAAAAAAAGAGAAAUUGAAAAUGCUUUAGUAAUUUGAAAUACAUGUUCUAAAAUUUAAAUAAUCUGUGCAAAAUUUAAUUCUUAAACACAUGUUGGUUGCGUCUCAUUUUUCCCCACAUUGAUGACUUCCUAUUUGCUUCAACUUCAUUGCAAAGUGAUGUUAUUCGAACUGCUUUUCAUAAUGAGUGUUGUUAUUAAAAAGGAUUUUUUAAAUAUUAGCUGAAUGUGUUGGGUAUAAAAUUACUGGGAUGCUUGAAAUGUCUAUAACGGGAUUACUGUUGAACAUAUAAGGAUACAUUAAGAGAAUCAUUUAAUUUGCUUGUUCAUCAAAGUGCAAUUGCAACAUUUUUCACCAGUAUCCAGGCUUGUUUAUGUUGAAACAUAUUUCCUACGUUGCAGAAUGUUGGCAGUUUUCAUAAUUAGUAAUAUUUUUUUAAAUUAAUGUUCCUGCAGAAAAUGCUAAAAACUGGAGGAUAUAAUUUAUGGAAAAAAACAAAGACACUAACAAUGACAGUUGAUUGUAAAUAGUCCUUCGAUCAUUACUUCAUUUGUUUUUCAUUUUGAUAAAAUUGUUUUUCUUUCAUAGGUAAUAAAUUCAUUACAGCUUGGAUACAGUUUUUGUCAAAAAUGCACUGUAUUGUACUGGCAGAUUUCUCUGCUUGGUAGUGAACUCUAUACACUUAAACAAAAGAGCAGUGCAAAAAACCGAUGCAAACAUGUUUUCAAUGUGCAAUAUAUUAGCAUAUAUUCAGCAAACUGUACAGAUCUGUGACAUAAAUCCAAAGUGGGCAAUGACACUGAAGGCCAGACAAGAAAAACAUUCAAAGGCUAUGAAAGUUGGCCUAGAAAAAACGCCAAAAGUUGCUGUGUAUGCACAUACAUAGGGCAAAGCAACAUAUACAAAUUCAUGGCAUGUAAAUAUAGAGUACACAAAAUAUAUACAUAGAGUAAAGCAGCUUGAUAACACAUGCAAGCAAUAUAUACAGGAUGAAAUACACAUGCAGAAAAGCAAAUGAAACUAGUUGAUAUAGUGAUUAGCGAGUUAUCAUGUGUUACGCUUCGCAGAAAAGAUCCAGUGCUUUCAUGUUUUAGGUUUUCUGGCUGAGGGUCACUUCUGUCAUCCAUGAUUGAUCUCUGUGUUUUUGCCAAAUACAACUUGUUUGGAA